GCCAGAAGACCAGUUUGUACAUGAGUUGGAUGAAAUUUUAAUCCAGAUCCAAAGGGACCUGGAGUUCAGCCUGGAAGAAACAGUUGAACAGAAUAAAUUUAACCUGGAUGACAAGGGUGCAGGCUACCAAAUAGAGUGGGAAGAAAAGCCAGCACUGAUCCCAAGUGAGCUGGGAAUGAAGCCCACCACACUCCACUGUGAACUGUUGGAAAACACCAGAUUCCACAAUGGCAUGUCCCUGGAGAACUUUGUGUUGCACAAAGUGUUGGGCAGGGGCUCAUUUGGAAAGGUCAUGCUGGCAGAAUUUAAAGAAAGUGGACAGUACUUUGCAAUCAAAUCCCUGAAAAAAGGCAAUAUCCUGGCUAAUGAUCACAUACAUUUCCUCAUGGCUGAAAAGAGAGUGCUGAAAUUAACCACAGAUUGCCCCUUCCUCGCCCAUUUGUAUUUUACAUUCCAAACAAAGGAUAACUUAUUCUUUGUGAUGGAAUACAUUAAUGGGGGAGACCUGUUUUUCCACGUAGAAGAGAAGGGACACUUUGACCUAGUCAGCACACAAUUUUAUGCCGCAGAGAUGACAUGUGGGCUUCAAUUUCUCCACAGAAAUGGAGUCAUAUACCGAGAUCUGAAACUGGAAAAUGUCAUGUUGGAUCGAGAUGGGCAUAUCAAAAUUGUGGACUUUGGGCUAAGCAAAGACAACAUGUUUGGCAAUGAUCGUACCAAAAGCUUCUGUGGGUCGGAGCAUUAUGUUGCACCAGAGAUAUUCCAGGGACAACAAUACUUUUCCCCUGUGGACUGGUGGUCAUUUGGCGUCCUGCUUUUUGAAAUGUUGAGUGGUGUGAGUCCCUUUCAUGGAGCUGAUAAAGAGGAGCUCUACACGUCUGUCUGCAUGGACAUUCCUCAAUAUCCCACCUGGAUCAACCAGGAGUCAAAGGACAUUAUGGAAAAGCUAUUGGAGAAAGACCCCAACCGCAGGCUGGGCACAUUCGGGAACAUUAGGGAACACGCCUUCUUUGAGUCCAUAGAUUGGUCUAGGCUUGAAAGAAGAGAGGUGGAGCCCCCAUUCAAGCCUAAAUUGGUGAAUCGCAAUGACUGCAGCUAUUUUGACAAGGAGUUCCUGAAUGAGACACCAAAGAUGUCCCGAGGCGACAGCAGAUACACGGGCCCCAUGGACCAGUCUGCAUUUGCAGACUUCUCAUUCAUUAAUCCAAUGUUUUGCAGCACAUAUUGA